CCCGUCCUCCGUUUUGUGCUCGGCCCGCUUCCUACUCUCCGCAUCGUUCAGCAAGAUUUCCACCUCCACGCUCUGCCCAAAGCCGAAGAAGCUCAUCUCACCGCCGGGCCGGACCGGGCCGGUUUCGGAACGUCUCGGAGCGCGCGCGGGAGCGAGCUUUGAAAGUUGACCAUCGCUGAGGCUAGCCGGUUCCUGAGAGAUAAUGGUGGCGCUGCCGGGCCUUGGGAGCGGCUUGCAGCCCUGGUGCCCGUUGGAUCUCAGCCCCGAAUGGGUGGACACAGUAUGGGAACUGGAUUUCACAGAGACUGAGCCUUUGGAUCCCAGCAUAGAAGCAGAAAUCCUAGAGACUGGAUUGAAUGCCUUCACAAAACUAUAUGAAAGUGUUUUCCCCUUUGCUACUGAAGAUCAUGGAUCUACAGAGAGCAUUUGGACCUUCUUCAUUGAGAAUAGUAUUUCUCACAGGGCACUGGUGGCAUUGUUUUAUCACUUUGUUCAAACAGUCCAUAAGAAAAGUGUCAGUGUGCAGUAUCGACAAUAUGGCCUUCAUGCUGCUGGGCUUUAUUUUCUGCUGCUGGAAGUACCAGGUAGUGUAGCCAAUCAAGUGUUCCACCAAGUGAUGUUUGACAAAUGUAUUCUGAUUCUAAAGAAGAGCUGGCCUCAGGAAUCUAGCUUGAAUCGGAAAAGAAAGAAAGAGCAGCUUAAGAACUCUGAGGCGAAUCCAAGAGGGAAUAGGAAAAGAGGAAAGCCACCCAGGAAAGAAGAUACUGAGGUAGAUGAAAUAGAAGAACAGGAAGAUGAAGAAAUUACUUGUUUUUCUGCCCGAGACCUUUGUCAAAUUCGAAAUGCUAUCUUUCACCUUUUGAAGAAUUUUUUAAGGCUGCUUUCCAAAUUUUCCCUGAAAGAAAAGCCACAGUGUAUACAGAAUUGUAUAGAAGUCUUUGUUGCAUUAACUAAUUUUGAACCAGUUCUUCAUGAAUUUCAUGUGACACAGACCAGAAACCUUAACCAAGCAAAAUAUGUACCAGAACUCGCCUAUCAUGGAUUGUAUUUGCUCUGCUCCUCCAUUCAUGGAGAAGGAGAUAAGGUUAUAGGUUGUGUUUUCCAUCAAAUGCUAAAUGUGAUAUUAAUGUUAGAAGCAGGCGAAGGAGCCCAUCGUGCUCCCCUUAGUAUUACAACAUCAGUCAUCAACAGUAGAAACCAGGCGGUCCAGUUCAUCAGCUCACUUGUGGAUGAACUAAAGGAAAAUAUAUUCCCAGUCCUUCGUAUCUUACUCCAGCACAUCUGUGCCAAGGUAACUGAUAAAUCAGAGUAUCGGACCUAUGCAGCCCAGUCCCUGGUCCAGCUACUCAGCAAACUUCCCAGCAGGGAAUAUGCUACAUUCAUUGCCUGGCUUUACAGAUAUUCACGAAGUUCCAAGAUCCCACACAGGGUUUUUACUCUAGAUGUUGUCUUAGCUCUCUUGGAACUGCCUGAAAGAGCAGUAGAUAACACUCUCUCGUUGGAGCAUCAGAAGAUCUUAAAGCAUAAGUUCUUGGUGCAGGAAAUUAUAUUUGACCGUUGUGUAGACAAGGCACCGACUGUCCGCAGCAAGGCACUGUCCAGUUUUGCACAUUGCCUGGAGGUAUCUGUUACCACUGCAUCGGAGAGCAUACUAGAACUUCUGAUUAACAGUCCUGCAAUUUCAAGAAUAGACAGCCAUCCUGGUACCUUACUGAGAAAUUCAUCAGCUUUUUCCUAUCAGAGGCAAACACUUAACCCUUCUGGAGGCUCAGGGGUGAUCAAUAUUGACAGCAGUGGUGAAACAGAUGGAUCUGGGGUGAGAUGUGUCAUGGCAAUGCUGAAAAAGAGAAUCAGGGAUGAGAAGACCAACGUUAGGAAGUCUGCACUGCAGGUAUUAGUGAGUAUUUUGAAACACUGCGACAUCUCAGGUAUGAAAGAAGAGCUAUCACUUCUGCAGGACCAGUGUCGGGACCCUGCAGUAUCUGUCCGAAAGCAGGCCUUACAGUCUCUUACUGAACUUCUUAUGGCCCAACCUGGAUGUGUCCAGAUACAGAAAGCCUGGCUGACAGGGAUCAUCCCAGCUGUGAUGGACUGUGAGAGCACAGUGCAGGAAAAGGCUCUGGAAUGCCUUGACCAGCUCCUGUUACAGAACAUUAAGCAUUACAAUAAAUUCCACACUGGAGACAAUAGCCAGGUACUGGCUUGGGCACUUCUUACUCUCCUUAGUACAGAAAACCAGGAACUAAGCCGCUAUUUAAAUAAGGCCUUUCAUAUCUGGUCCAAGAAAGAGAAAUUCUCAUCCAGUUUUAUAAACAAUGUGAUAUCCUACACUGGCACAGAACAUUCUGCACCAGCCUGGAUGCUGCUCUCCAAGAUUGCUUGCUCAUCCCCCAAGCUGGACUACACCAAAAUAAUAGAGUCCUGGGAGAAAAUCAGCAGUCAACAGAAUCCCAAUUCAAACACCUUAGGACAUAUUCUGUGUGUUAUUGGGCAUAUUGCAAAGCAUCUUCCUAAGAGCACCCGGGACAAGGUGACUGAUGUGGUCAAGUGUAAGCUGAAUGGAUUCCAGUGGUCUCUAGAGUUGAUCAGCUCAGCUGUUGAUACUUUGCAAAGACUCUGUAGAGCAUCUGCAGAGACACCUGUGGAAGAACAGGAAUUACUGAAGCAGGUGUGUGGGGAUGUCCUCUCCACCUGUGUGCAGUCCCUCUCCAAUAUAGUUCUGAAGCAAAGUGGACCUGGGAAUAUGGAUGAAGACCUGUUUGUGAAGUACAUUUUUACCUUAGGAGAUAUAGCCCAGCUUUGUCCAGCCAGAGUGGAGAAGCGAGCAUUCCUUCUGAUUCAGUCCAUUCUAGCUUCUUCUGUUGAUGCAGAUCAUCCAACAUCAUCUCAAGGUCGCAGUGAAGCUCCAGCCUUUGAGCCACUCUCCCAAGUCCGGGGCUGUGUCAUGCCUUCCAUGAUUAGAGCACACGCCAUCAUUACUUUGGGCAAGCUGUGCUUACAGCAUGAGGACCUUGCAAAGAAGAGCAUCCCGGCCCUUGUGCGAGAGCUGGAAGUGUGUGAUGAUGUGGCUGUUCGCAACAAUGUUGUCAUCGUCAUGUGUGAUCUUUGUAUCCGGUACACGGUCAUGGUGGACAAGUACAUUCCCAAUAUCUCCAUGUGUCUGAAGGAUUCAAAUCCAUUCAUCCGAAAGCAAACACUCAUCUUGCUUACCAAUCUCUUGCAGGAAGAAUUUGUGAAAUGGAAGGGCUCUCUGUUCUUUCGAUUUGUCAGCACUCUGAUAGAUUCACACCCAGACAUCGCCAGCUUUGGGGAGUUUUGCCUGGCUCACCUGUUACUGAAGAGGAACCCUGUCAUGUUCUUCCAGCACUUCAUUGAGUGUAUCUUCCACUUCAAUAACUACGAGAAGCAUGAGAAGUAUAACAAGUUCCCCCAGUCCGAGAGAGAGAAACGGCUGUUUUCACUGAAGGGAAAGACAAACAAGCAGAAACGAAUGAAAAUCUACAAAUUUCUUCUGGAGCACUUCACAGAUGAACAACGAUUCAAUAUCACUUCCAAAAUCUGUCUUAGUAUUUUGGCAUCCUUUGCCGACGGCAUCCUGCCCCUAGACAUGGAAGCCAGUGAAUUGCUUUCAGAUACAUUUGAGGUCCUCAGCUCAAAGGAGAUCAAGCUUUUGGCCAUGAGAUCUAAAGCAGAUAAGGACCUCCUUAUGGAAGAAGAUGACACGGCCUUGGCCAGUGCGGUCAUGCAGGAAGCUCAGAAGCGGCUCAUCUCGCAAGUUCAGAAGAAGAAUUUCAUAGAAAAUAUUAUUCCAAUUAUCAUCUCCCUGAAGACCUUGCUAGAGAAAAAUAAGAUCCCAGCUUUGCGGGAACUCAUGACCUAUCUCAGGGAGGUGAUGCAGGAUUACCGCGACGAAAUCAAGGAUUGCUUUGCGCUAGACCGGCAGCUGGCAUCAGAACUUGAGUACGACAUCAAGAAGUACGUCGAGCAGCGAGCCCAGGAGCAGGGCCGAGCGAGGCAGGCAGACGUUGCUCCGAGUUUAGAAGUAAUGCCAGCUCUUGGUGGCCGGGAAGGUGCCACUGUGCCCGCUGCUGCGAGCCAGCCCUCAACACCCAGGGCACUUGCUGGCCAAGCACCGCCUCUGUCCCCUGCCCUGGAGACUGGGCUAUUGAAGAGGUUCAUGCCCAAAGGCAGGCCCAUGUCCCUGAGCACCAUUGCGAUCCUGAAUUCUGUCAAGAAAGCUGUGGAGUCCAGUAGCAGGCACCGGAGUCGGAGCACAGGAGUGUUGCCAUUCCCGUUAAGCUCUCAGAGCCUGGACAAAAUGUGCCAUCGUGCAACCUCCUACAGCUUGGAGCAGGAGUCCAGUGGAGCUGUGGACCACGUAACUAAACGAGCGAUCAGUACUCCUGAGAGGACCAUCAAUGAUGUCACAUUUGGAGCAGGAGUCAGCUACAUAGGCACCCCACGGACACCUUCAACCAAAGAGAAAAUUGAAGCCCAGUGUCAAGGAAAUGACAUUUUAUGUUUAUCGCUUCCUGAUAAACCGCCUCCACAGCCUCAGCAGUGGAAUGUGAAGUCCCCAGCCAGAAAUAAAGAUAACCCAGCCCCCAGCAGGAGGUCACUCCGAAAGACCCCCCUGAAAACAGCCAACUGAAACAGUCAUUCAGGAGUGUUCGGGAGGCAAGAACUCUAAGGACAUGUUGUCUCCUGCCUGUGGAAAGACAAGAGUCCACCUCCCUUACCCCCAGGGAGGAGGAGGCUUUUAACUGUGUGAUACCAGAGUUUUUUCUUAUGACCCUAGCACUCUGCCUGUUCACCUGUGUGGUGAACAACCUUUUACAUUUCUCUUUAUGCAGUAUGUGGUUAAAAAAAAAAAAAUUGUAAAAUAAUAGAGAAAUGCCAUAGCUAUUUAAUAUUCUAACUUUACUCCAUUUGAAAGUAUCGAGUUCAUUCUGAUAAAGCAUACUCUGGUCUUUAAGGAACACAACAGAUCAGCUUUCUUUUAUAUAAAUGAAUCCUGUUACCUUGUCGGAAUUCCCUACAGUACAGUAGUUUCCUGUAUCUAAUGAUGAAACUUUGAUUGUAAUUAUUUUUUUAUUCUUAUUUAUAAAUUACAGGUUUUAAAGUGUACAGCUUUCUAAAAUGGAAUAAUAAAGGUUAAGCAUAAAUACAGCCUUCUGGUAUUCCAUAGAAUAUUUCUACCAGAUAGACUAUUUCUACUUUUAGAACAGGGCUUUUUAAUUUACAUUAAGUGUUUAAGAAUAAUAAAACCCUUCCAGACUCAAGAACUGUGAGAAAUAAACGUCUGUUGUUAAAGAAAAAGAAAAAUAAA